AUGUCUUAUAAUUCAACUGUACAUACUGCACAUAAUCGCACACCUCAUGAAGUUAUGUUUGGUUGGAAAAUGCAUUGUGUCUACGAAACACCAGAUGAAACACCAAAUAAGGAUCAGGAUAAUGAAAUGAGUGUUUACGAAAUAUCAGAUAAUGAUCAGGAUAACGAAAUGAGUGUUUACGAAGCACACGAUAAUGAUUAUGAUAAUGAAACACCAGAUAAUAAUAAGGAUGAUGAAAUGAGUGAAGAAUCAAACAGAGAUGCUUCGGAAACAUUUACUCCUAAUAACGUUAUAGAACAACAUGUUUUACAAGUGUCAAAAAUUCAUGAGGCCAGAACUAUGGUUAAUAUCGCACCAGACCAUGACACCAACCCACAAACCAGAAAGAGAAAACUACAGCCAACGUUUUCACAACAAGGCACUUUCAUAAGGCUAACUUCGAAUAAUCACACGGCGAUUGUUGAGAUUGAUGGAAAGGAAACGCCUGUUCCAAUUAAACGAAUCAAAGUUGUAAAAUCAUAA